GCUUGGUUUUUUGGUUUAAUUUUCUUAUUGUUGGUAGAUUCUUGAUUGUUGUUUUGACUUUUAUAUGAAUAGAUUGAUGUAAUUGAGAUUUUCUCACUUGAUCCUUCGAUUAUUGAUCUCCUUUGUGUGUGUGUGUGUGUGUGUGUGUAUUUUCUUAAUAUGUUUGGUUAGGGUCAAUUUUGAUUUCCUUCAAAAAUUAGGCACCAUGUGUGUGGAAUAUUUGAUUGAAUUCUUAAUCUUAAAACUGUAGCUGUAACUAUUACUGAAAUUUCGCUCUCUUUUUUUAUAUGCUUUGAAAUUAAUUACAUAAUUGACAAAUUAUUGCAUGAUAUAUAUUGCUAAAAUCACUCGCACUUAUUUUAAAUUUUUUUGUCAGCCAAUACAUUGAGGUUUUGGAGUUCACUUAAAGAAGGAAAGGGAAUAGCUAGGCAGUAGUUGUUUGUGCUGUGAAUUGUUUUAAGUUAAAUUGUGAGAUGGCAGAGAAAUCAUGCGUCUCUCGGCUUCAGAAGGAAUAUAGAGCACUGUGUAAAGAGCCAGUUCCCCAUGUUGUUGCCCGUCCUUCCUCAAGGGACAUUCUUGAGUGGCAUUAUGUGUUGGAGGGAAGUGAAGGAACACCUUUUGCAGGUGGAUACUAUUAUGGAAAGAUCAAGUUUCCUCCGGAUUAUCCUUAUAAUCCUCCCGGAAUCACCAUGAUCACACCCAAUGGACGUUUCAUGACUCAAAAGAAAAUAUGCUUAUCUAUGAGUGAUUUUCAUCCAGAAAGUUGGAACCCAAUGUGGUCUGUAUCCAGUAUUCUUACAGGGCUUCUUUCCUUCAUGAUGGACAACAGUCCUACGACAGGCAGUGUGAACACUACUGCUGCUGAGAAGCAACGGCUGGCUAAGGCCUCUCUUGCUUUCAAUUGUAAGAACCCAACAUUUAAGAAGUUGUUUCCAGAGUACGUGGAAAAGUAUAACCAGCAGCAGCAAUCUGAGCAGAUUAUGUCAGAUCAAGUGUCACGAGAGGCGUCAAGAGAGGAUAGAUCCAGACCUACAUCAGAAAAACUCGACAAUUCCUCAGGAGAUGUUAAAAGAGAUACACUGAAGGACGCAAGAAGAAACGGGAAACAAACGUUCCCAACCUGGCUAAUGUUGUUGCUGGUUUCUGCCUUUGGUAUUGUAAUGGCGUUGCCUUUGCUUCAACUUUAAUAUAAUAUAAAUUGCGAAAUGAGAAUGUUGCGAUUGGUUAGCGGACAUACAAGCUGAUGCUAGUUGAAGAACUCUUGGAAUGCUACUUAGGUUUGCCCAGUAUUUAGCAGAACUUGUAUAGAGGUUGUUGGUGCUCACUUGGGUCUUCUUAUGUUACUAUUGGCAGUUUGUUAGAUGAUGCCCAAAAGUUGCAUGCUUGUGGCUUUAUUUUCUAAAUAUAAUUGAAGUUAUGUGUGGUACUAUAGGUUAUUCUUUUC